CUCUCUUAUGGCCUUUCACUGAACAAUUCCCUAGUAUUUUCAAUUCAAUUUCAAUGCACUCUAGCAAAUUAUAUAGUAUCUGUAGAGAGGAUAAAUCAAUAUAUGUAUAUACCAAGUGAGGCCCCAGAAGUUAUAGAAGGAAAUCGCCCUCCGGUUAAUUGGCCAGUUGCAGGCAAAGUAGAAAUUAGUAACUUGCAGAUAAGAUACAGGGCUAAUGGACCACUUGUACUCCAUGGAAUUACAUGCACAUUUGAAGGAGGACACAAGAUUGGUAUUGUUGGCAGGACAGGAAGUGGGAAGUCCACUCUUAUUAGUGCUUUAUUUCGCCUUGUCGAGCCGGCCGGUGGAAGGAUUGUAAUGGAUGGCAUAGACAUAUCCUCGAUCGGCCUUCAUGAUUUGAGGUCACAUUUAGGUGUUAUACCUCAGGAUCCUACUCUUUUUAAUGGAACAGUUAGAUAUAAUUUGGACCCUUUGUCUCAACAUUCUGAUGAAGAGAUAUGGGAGGUUCUUGGAAAGUGUCAGUUGCGAGAAGCCGUGCAAGAAAAAGAAAAGGGCUUAGACUCCUCAGUUGUUGAAGAUGGAUCGAAUUGGAGUAUGGGACAAAGGCAGUUAUUCUGUCUAGGCCGCGCCCUUUUGAGGCGAAGUAGGAUAUUGGUGCUCGAUGAAGCAACCGCAUCAAUUGAUAAUGCAACAGAUCUUAUUUUGCAGAAAACAAUUAGAACAGAAUUUGCAGAUUGUACAGUGAUCACAGUAGCACACAGGAUACCAACUGUGAUGGAUUGCACCAAGGUUCUCUCCAUAAGUGAUGGAAAAUUGGUAGAGUAUGAUGAGCCAAAGAAGUUAAUGAAGAGAGAAGGGUCAUUGUUUGGGAAGCUUGUGAAGGAAUACUGGUCUCAUUUUCAGUCUGCAGAAUCUCAUUGAUGAUAAUAAGAAUGAACCUUUUACGAAAUCAAUUUUGUCUCAUCAUUUGGUAAAUGAGUGAGAAAUAAACCAAUAAAGUUCAAGUCUACGAGGAGGAUGGAUUUGGAUCCUCUAAAUUUUGAAUUUUACUUUAGAGGGUAAAGUGUGAUCUCUCAUUCUUGAAUAAUUUCUCUCUCAUAUUUUCUCUUGGUUCUACCUAUGAAAUAAAUAGUAAGAGAUCGUACUUUACUCUUUAAAGUGAAAAUUCAAAAUUUAAAGGAUCCAAAUUCGAUCACAUAUUCUUGAACUAUAUAUUGAAAUAUUUCGAUCUAGAUGGCUCAUGUUCUUGGUAUUUGGCAAUGAAGUUAUUAUUUUAUGUUAAAUGUACAACUCUUAUUUAUGAACAACUUUGAAAUGUACUUAUGAAAAAUCUAAACAACCCAUUUAUAAGCCAUAAAGUCUUACAAGCCUCACAUGACAAUAAACAAGAACCUGUCCAUUUUUUUUU